AUGGCUAGCUGUUCGGAGGCACGUCGUCUAUUCUGCUGGUUUGGUUCGUUCCAUGCUCUCCUUUUGUCGUUAUGUUUCCCUGGUUUCGUCAGUAUUGCUUCAGUUUCUACGAUGCUUAGUGGACGAACCCGUGCUCUACUCGUACGUUGUAUGAAGUUAUCGAUGCCACAGAAACGUGUGAGGCUAACAUAUACGUCCUCUGGUUUCACCUCUCCGGGGGAAACUGUUACUAAGCAGAUCAAGUUUAUAUGUGGAGAUGAGACGUUUACUGGAACCGGCAAAAUAGAAGAAGACAUACUAGAUGUCGUACUCAACAACGAUAUACCUUUGGAUGGUUUUGGUGCUUGCGAAGGAAUGCUUGCAUGUUCUACGUGCCAUGUCAUCCUUGAAAAAGAUCAUUUCGAUCGAGUUGAUCGAAUUAACCCACCAAGUCAAGAAGAAUUGGAUCUUCUCGAUCUCGCACCUGGUUUAAGCGAGUAUUCGCGACUUGGUUGCCAGGUAGUUUAUAUCACAAGUCGUAAUUCUUUAAAUUUGUCGUGCAGGGUCGUCGGCGACUCUGUGCUGAACGUUGUUCUAAACAACAAUAUACCGCUGGACGGUUACGGUGCUUGUCAAGGCAACCUUGGAUGUGGAACGUGUCAUGUCGUACUUUCACCAGAGCACUACGAACGUGUAGAUCGAAUCAAUCCGGUGCAAGAAUUAGAGCAAGACCUUCUCGAUGGCGUUCCCGAAUUGACAGACCAUUCUCGACUAGGAUGCCAAGUUAGAGUUGUGCAAAUAGAAGCAGAUGAUCCAGAUACGAUAGUAGUCAAGGUUGGCGAUUCUAUGUUAGAUGUUGUUCUCAAUGACGAUUUGCCUUUGAUCGGUUAUGGUGCUUGUCAAGGCACGCUUGGCUGUGGUACUUGUCAUGUAAUACUCUCACCAGAACAUUUCGAACGUGCUGGUCGGACCAGCCCACCGGACGAGGAGGAGCUGGAUCUUCUCGAUAAGGUGCUAGAGCAGACUGACCAUUCACGAUUAGGUUGUCAGAUUUGCUGUCCUAUGCUUCCAAUACUCAAGACCGAUUUAGGUGAAGGUUACUGCGGAAGAUCCAGAUACAAUAGUUGUCAAGCUGCCAGUGCAAAGGAGGGAUGCGCGAACAAUGGAGUAGAAGAAAAGUCACUGCUAAUUUUUGAAAUGUUAACUGGUCGAGCUCUGUCGUCAUUGCUCCGAUAUUACAAAUUUUUGCCGUGUUCCAAAUCUAUACAAUCGUUGAAUGUCGCUUUCAAUUCUGGCUUAGUGCGGUCCGCUUCCACUAAACGGGUUGAGUUCAUAUGUGGAGAAGAGAAGUUUGUUGGGACGGCAAAGCUGGGAGAUACCUUACUAGAUGUUGUUGUGAAUAACGAUCUACCUUUGGAUGGUUAUGGCGCUUGUGAGGGCACACUUGCAUGUUGUACGUGUCAUGUAGUACUUUCACUAGAACAUUUUGAACGAGUGGAGCGGAUCAAUCCAGCCGGAGAAGAGGAGCUGGAUCUUCUUGAUCUAGCCCCAGAGUUGAGCGACUAUUCCCGACUGGGUUGUCAGGUACAAGUAGAGGCGGAGGAUCCAGAUACGAUAGUUGUCAAAGUACCUGUGCAGAAAGUGGAUGCCCGGACGUUAGAAUAG